AUGACAGAGUCGAGAGUUACGUUUGCGCGCUUGAGUUUAGCUAGUGCUGGUGGUUUGUGUGCUGAACUUCAAGUGAGGCCAACUUUGUCGCAACAGAUUAAGGAAAAACAACUGUUAGAUGGAGAUUUGUUGAAAAAGAUUCGACAAGUGGAGCAAGGUGUUAAGGGAGAUAUUGAUAUUAAUGCAGAAUGUAUUUUGAAUUUUCGAGGUAGAUUGUGUGUGCCACAAAAUGUGGAUUUAAGGCAAGUGAUCCUUAACGAGGUGCAUAGUAGUCCUUACCCUAUGCAUCCUGUUGAUCGAUUUUUGAAGAGUGCGCAUUUCGUAGCAGUGAGAACCAAUUCUUCGUUGAAGAAGUUGGCAGAGUUAUAUAUUGCUGAGAUUGUUCGUCUUUAUGGGGUUCAAGUUUCGAUUAUUUCUGAUAGGGAUCUGAGUUUUCAAGCGAGUAUUCACAUGGCACCGUUUGAGGCAUUGUAUGGUAAGAAGUGUAGAAAUCCUUUGUGUUGGACGAAGUUGGAUGAAAAGCGAGUUGUUGGAGUGGAUUUAGAUCGAGAGACCGAAGAGAAAGUGAAGUUGAAAUGCGAGAGGUUGAAGGAAGCGACAAAUAGGUAUAAAUCUUAUGUGGAUUUGAAUCGUCGAGACAACGAGUUUCAAAUUGGCGAUAAGUAUCUUUCGGAUUCGUUGCAUAUUGUGCCAGUAGAAGAGAUUGAGGUUCAACCUAAUCUCACUUUUGAUGAGGAACCAAUAGAGAUUUUAGAUCAUGAAAUGAAAGUGUUGUGA